AUGUUUAAAUCGCUGACAGUAAAAUUCAACAAGGUAAAGCCGAGAGAAGAGAACAAUGAGAAUGAAGAGAAUUCUCAUCCAAGCAAUCAGUCUCAGCCAUCCACAAGGCAGGGAGAAAACAAAAAUGAAAUGAAAUCUCUCAAAACCAAGAAGUCUCCAGUCGCAUUUGAAGACCCACACACCAAAAUACAAGAUAAAAUCGCCAAGAAAAACUCCCUUGGCAAUCUGACCAUAAACGCUGACUUUCAAAAUUCAACCGAAGCAAUAGGAACAAUGCCAGAGCAGAAAGAAACAGAGACUGGGAAAGAAGGCGGAGUCAGUCCAAAGAGCAAACCACCCAGAGGUACUGUUAUAAAUGAGUAUGCUGAUGCCCACCUACACAACCUAGUGGAAAGGAUGCGUCAAAGAACAGCCCUCUACAGGAGAAAGUUGGCAGAGGGAGAUAUAUCCUCACCUGAAGGCAGCCCCCAAGCUGCAAAGCCCACAGCUAUACCAUCUACACAAGGAAGCGAUGCUAAGCCAAAAGAAGAGCAUUACUACGGCAUGUUGUGUUGUAAAUUCCGGAAGUUGCCUCUGACAGAUUACUUAAAGCGAAUCAGACUUUCAAGAAGCAUAGAUUCAUACACAGAUCGAUUCUAUCUCCUGUGGCUCCUGCUUGUCACCAUUGCCUAUAACUGGAACUGCUGGCUUAUCCCACUGCGCCUUGUCUUUCCAUAUCAAACACCGGACAACACACACUACUGGUUUAUUAUAGACAUCGUAUGUGAUAUCAUCUACUUUUGUGACAUGCUAUUAGUCCAGCCCAGACUCCAGUUUAUAAGAGGAGGAGAAAUAAUAGUGGAUCUAAAUGAGCUAAAGAGAUACUACAGGAGUUCCACAAAAUUUCAGUUGGAUCUCAUAUCAGUAAUACCAUUUGAUGUUUUCUACCUCUUCUUUGGGUUUAAUCCAAUAUUUAGAACAAAUAGGAUAUUAAAGUACACCUCAUUUUUUGAGUUUAAUCACCACCUAGAGUCUAUAAUGGACAAGGCAUACAUCUACAGGGUCAUUCGAACAACUGGAUACUUGCUGUUUAUUCUGCACAUUAAUACCUGUAUUUAUUACUGGGCUUCAAACUAUGAAGGAAUUGGCACCACUAAGUGGGUUUAUAAUGGUGAAGGAAAUAAGUAUCUGAGAUGUUAUUAUUGGGCAGUUCGAACUUUAAUUACCAUCGGGGGCCUUCCAGAACCACAAACUUCAUUUGAAAUUGUUUUUCAACUCUUGAAUUUUUUUUCUGGAGUUUUUGUGUUCUCCAGCCUAAUUGGUCAGAUGCGAGACGUAAUUGGGGCAGCCACAGCCAAUCAGAACCACUUCCGCGGCUGCAUGGAUCACACCACUGCCUAUAUGAACACUUACUCCAUUCCCAAAAAAGUGCAGAAUCGGGUUCGGACGUGGUAUGAAUAUACAUGGGACUCUCAAAGAAUGCUAGAUGAGUCCGAUCUGCUUGAGAACCUGCCCUCUACAAUGCAGUUAGCCCUCGCCAUUGAUAUGAACUUCAGCAUCAUCAGCAAAGUCGACUUGUUCAAGGGUUGUGAUAUGCAGAUGAUUUAUGAUAUGUUGCUAAGAUUGAAAUCCACUCUCUAUUUACCUGGUGACUUUGUCUGCAAAAAGGGAGAAAUUGGCAAAGAAAUGUAUAUAAUCAAGCAAGGAGCAGUCCAAGUUCUCGGAGGCCCUGAUGGUACUCAAGUUCUGGUUACUCUGAAAGGUGGGGCAGUGUUUGGAGAAAUCAGUCUUCUAGCAGCAGGUGGAGGAAAUCGUCGAACUGCCAAUGUGGUGGCUCAUGGUUUUGCCAAUCUUUUAACACUAGACAAAAAGACCCUCCAAGAAAUUCUAGCACACUAUCCAGAUUCUGAAAAGCUCCUUAUGAAGAAAGCCAGAGUUCUUCUAAAACAGAAGGCUAAGGCCACAGGGGCAACCCCUCCCAGAAAAGGAUGUGCCUUUCUCUUCCCACCUAAAGAAGAGACACCCAAAAUGUUUAAAGCUCUACUUGGAGGUACAGGAAAAACAGGUCUUGCAAGACUACUCAAAUUGAAGAGAGAACAAACAGCUCAGAAAAAAAGUGAAGACUCUGAAGGAGAGGGUAAAGGAAAAGAAUAUGAAGAUGAAGGAAGGGAGCCAGCAGAGAAACCAUGGGAUACACCCAAAUGUGGAGCAAGUCCUAUUACAGUGGAGGAAAUGCUCCAGUUGGGUGGCAGGGCAGUUUUACCCAGAGGAACUACAGGUCAAUCACUCAUCAUCAGCAUGGCUCCUUCUUCUGAGGCUGGAGAAGAGGUUCUGACAAUUGAAGUCAAAGAAAAGGCUAAGCAAUAAGUGUUUGAUUAUCUUUAGACGUAAUCUAGCUAGUUCCCAAAGAGAUUGUACCCAG